AUGACUUCGGAUGGAGAAGACAUGCGCGACGCUGGACGUGAGAGUCGCGAACGCGGAGACGCGUCGGCGAAGUCACGUCGGUCGAAGGGGUUGCCGCCUGAGGAGCACGCGAGCCUGGACGAGGUUGUCCGGGCUGCUCGGAAGGCAGGCGCUGCGAAGCGCAAGGCAGCCUGGGAGGAAAAGGAGAAGUCGGCGACUCCGGACGAGGCGUCUGUGGGAGGCGCCGAUGUGGAUGAACCCCGGACGGAGGGUCGAGUUUCGGACUCCUCACCGCCCGGCCAAGAUGCGGAUGCGUUGCCGCCACCCGAGGAGAUCCCUGCCCGGGAGGACACUCCGCCCAAGUCGUCGGUGGAGAAGUCGCUGGGUCAAGACGCGGCCAAGGCAUACGUCCCGGCAAAAGUUUACCGGUGGGAGCAGGUUCGGUCUGAACGCGUGCUCCCGCCGUGCGUGGAGUAUACCUGGCCGGAUGACCGGCCGGACUCGUUGCCGUGGCUGAACGCUACCCUGGCCACGUCCAAGUACCUGGUAGCCCGCGCGACUCUGGGCUACGAUGUUCAGCCGUGCGUGCUGGAACUCCGCCUGGACCGACGCGACCUGGCCACCGCCCAAGAAGUCGUUGCCGUCGAGAUCUCGGUCGCCACCUUCACGCCGAGAGAGUGUGUUGCGAUCCUGCAGACACUGCUCUUCGAGGCCGGCUUCCAGUUCGACAACUUGGUCCCGGUGUGGUUCAAGACGCAUGCGUCCAAGAUCACGCCGGAUCUCGUUCGGAGUCUGGCCGGAGACAUCCAACGUCUCCUAGCCGUGGAGCUGAUCGAGUGGCGAACGUUGUGCGUCAGGGCGUCGUUCAAGGUAAUCCCGGUUUUGGAGGCCGAAGCGAAGUCUGGGCAGACACCUGCCCUGGCCAAUCAUGCGGAGGAUCAAGACGGAGAUGUAUUGAUGGACGAUUACGAGGUCAACCUGCUCGGCUGGAACUACGUUCUGCGCGUGCGCGUGGCUGGCAUUCGUUCCGCCAGGAGUUCGAGCGGGUCCUCGACCGGAGAGCCUACGCCCAAGCGGCGUCAACACCGGCCACCCCGCGCGGAACCAUCUCUCCAGGACACUCCGCUCGCCUCGCUCCCGUCCGAGCUACCACCGUCUUCGACGUCCGUCCAGGAAGAUUCGCCCGAGGUGCCGGCGUCGGACCCUGUCCCGAGCUUGGUCGGCACCACGGAUGAGUCCGCCGGGGGCGCGACGUCCUGA